GCGCUCCUCAAACUGGCCUGUCGGUGGAUCCCAGCCGCUAUCCCCAGGUGCCCCGUAGGGACGUAGACGAGAACUACUACGGGGUGGGGUUGUCGGAUCCGUACCGCUGCCUGGAGGACGCGGAGGCGGAGGAAACCAAACAAUUUGUGGCCGCUCAGAACAAACUCACCGAGGAGGUGCUGGCGGAAUGUGACACCCGGGAACCAUUCAGGAAGCUGUUCACGAAGCUGUUCGACUACCCCAAGUUCGGAGCGCCCUUCAGAGCAGGAACGCUGUCGGACAUUCAAUGGACGGACGAUGGGAGUCUCGCCGCCUACAGCUUGUCGAAAGGAGGAAGCGACUGGAACACAAUACAGGUGCUCCGGGUUUCCGGCACCGACGAGCCCCCCACACCCCUGGGGGCGGGGGAUGACGUACUAGAGUACGUCAAGUUUAGCAGCCUGGCGUGGACGUACGACAACAGGGGGUUCUUCUACAACAGGUACCCGGACCCCGCCUCUCGUCCGGCUGAUCUCGGUACGGAAACCGACACCAACACAAACCAGCUCCUUUGCUACCACGUGCUCGGCACGCCGCAGGCCUCUGAUCCGGUGAUUUGGGCCAUUCCCGAACACCCCACCUGGAUGACCGGAGCCAACGUCACCGAGGAUGGCAGAUUUCUCGUACUGUACGUGAGCCAGGGCUGUGUACCCGCCAACCACCUGUACGUCGUAGACAUCCAGGCUUUGGAUAAGACACCCGAGGGGCACACUGACUGGUCCAAGUACGACUUCUUUAAAGGCUCCAAAAAGCUGCCUCUGGUCAAACUGGUCAACGACUUCUCAGCUUCCUUCUCAGUGUCGGCGAACGACGGAACCACAUUCUACAUCACCACGAACCUGGACGCGCCGCGGUACAGGUUGGUCAAGGUCGCGGACAUCAAUAACGCGGGUCGCCCGGCUACCUGGCCUGAUCACAUCCCGCAGCACGACAAAGACGUACUAAAGGGCGUCUUGGCGCUCAAGGGCGACACCAUGGUGGUUCGCUACCUGCGGGACGUGGCUGCCGCAUUGCAGCUUCGCUCUCUGUCCACCGGCUCCCUGGUCCGCGAGCUGCCCCUCCCCGGCCCGGGCAGUGUGGGGGCCCUCAGCGGGGACAGGAAGGACACGGAGCUGUUCUUCUCAUUCACUGAUUUCGUGGAGCCAGGCGCUAUCUAUCGGCUGGACACCGCCCCGGGCUCCCCCCUGGAGCCUCAACUAUACCGCCGUACGAAACUGCAAGUGGACGAUCAUGACCCCCAGGAUUACGUCACCAAGCAGGUGUUCGUACCCUCCCUGGACGGCACCCCCAUUCCCAUGUUCAUCACCCACCGCAAGGACCUGCGUCCCGAGGGGUCGGCCCCGACCCUGCUGUACGGCUACGGGGGUUUCAACGCCUCCAUGACCCCGGGCUUCAGUGCGAGUCGCCUGGCCUUCAUGCGCGGAUAUAACGGAGUGUUCGCGUUGGCCAACCUGAGGGGCGGUGGCGAGUACGGCACCGCCUGGCGUGAUGCUGGCUCCAAAGAGAACAAACAAAACGUGUUUGACGACUUUCAGGCAUGUGCGGAGUUCCUUAUCCGGGAGCGCUACUGCUCCCCCGCCACCCUGACGAUUCAGGGGGGCUCCAACGGGGGCUUGCUGGUGGCUGCCUGCGCCAAUCAGCGACCCGACCUGUACGCGUGUGUGCUGGCGCAGGUCGGUGUGUUGGACAUGCUCCGCUUCCACAAGUUCACGAUCGGGCACGCCUGGAUGACGGACUACGGCGAUCCGGAUAAGGCCUCCGAUUUCGAGUACAUCUUUCCGUACUCGCCGCUGCACAAUGUACGGAUACCGACUGGUGGCAGCCGACAGUACCCGGCCAUGAUCUUCGCAACAGGCGAUCAUGACGACCGAGUGGUGCCCCUGCACUCGCUCAAGAUGUUGGCCACUCUGCAGUACCAGCUGGCCGGGGAGGGGGCGGCGGAGGGAGCUGGCGAGGGGGGGGGGGGAGGGGUGGCGCAACGUAACCCGCUGCUGGCGCGAGUGGAGGUGAAGGCCGGACACGGGGCCGGCAAACCCACACAAAAGGUGAUCGAUGAAGUGGUGGACCUCUUCGGGUUCGCCGCCAAGUGCAUGAACGCGAAAUGGCAGGAGCAGCCUCAAUGCGCCCAGAAGGCGGAUAAGGAGGAGGAGGAGGCGGUGACGGCGACGGCGACCGCUGCUGCUGCCGCUACAGCGGCGGCCACGGCGGAGGCCUAG